AUGGACAACAAAGACACAUAUUUGCUGAACUAUAAAGGCUAUAAUUUUGUAGCUACUAUAAUUGAUCCUGACUUCCUAGAAAAUCUAGAUGAUUUUGAAAUUAGAGAUGAUGAUGUCUUCAUAAUUACAUAUCCAAAAUCUGGAACCAUCUGGACUCAGCAGAUUCUAAGCUUGAUUUAUUUUGAGGGACAUCGUAAUAGAACAGAAAAUUUGUCAACACUAGAUAGAGUCCCCUUCUUGGAAUACAAUGUACGCAAAACAGACUUUCUCAAGAGACCAUCUCCUCGCUUAUUCUGUUCCCACCUCCCGUAUUAUUUAGUACCCAAAGGUCUCAAGCGCAAAAAAGCUAAAAUUGUUUACGUCUACAGAAACCCAAAAGAUGUUAUGACUUCAUACUUUCAUUUCUCAAAUGUGGUGGUCACACUUGAAGCUGGGAAUGAUAUGGAAUAUUUUAUGAAAAGGUUUCUAGAUGGGAAUGUGGUAGGAAGCCGUUGGUUUGAUCACGUCAGAGGCUGGUAUGAGCACAGACAUGACUUCAGCAUUCUGUUCAUGAUGUAUGAGGAAAUGAAAAAGGAUCUCAGAAGUUCUGUGCUUAAAAUCAGCCGUUUUCUUGAGAAAGAACUGAGUGAAGAGGAUGUGGACGCUAUUGUGAAACAGGCUACAUUUCAGAACAUGAAGUCUGACCCAAAAGCAAAUUAUGAUGAGAUUCUAAAACAUGAAGUUGGGAAAAGAACAGAUGAGGGACAUUUUCUGCGCAAAGGUACCGUUGGAGACUGGAAACAUAACUUCACAGUGGAGCAAAAUGAAAGAUUUGACAAAAUAUUCCAAAAGAACAUGAAAGAUUUGCCUUUGAAGUUCAUCUGGGAUUUAAAUGAGGAGUAA